UCCCCCCACACACAUACACACCCUAUCUCACACACUCUGAGUUUGAGUCUGAGGCACACACAAAUACUACUACAACAUCAACAACCACUGUAGUAUUCUAAUUCUAAUUCUCUUUGGUGCAGUUAUGACCGAAAAUUCAUAAAUGAGAUUUUCUACAGUAGAGUUGAUGGGUGCAGUUGUCAUGGCGGCGUAGCAGAGACUCUAAUUCCGUGCCAUAAUUGCGCCCCAGGGAACAACUACUACUCAGGGAAAUUCAAUUCAAUUAACCAAACAUUUAUUUAUUUACUUUUAUGUUGUUUUAAUUUAAGAAACAGUUUUCCUCAAAAGCUGCGAAAAAAAACCCAACCAGAUCAGAAGAUCAUACUUGAGACGCCCCCACACGGUCUCGCCACAGUGACAGAUUGAGAGUCAACAAGACCCACAAAACAAAACAACAAAAAAAAAGAAAGAAAGUUCGAGUGGGUGAAAAUUAAUACUAAUAAGUAUCUAUAUUAGUAUUAUUAGUCAGCAAAAAUUAAUUAAAGGCGCACACUUUUUAUACACUUGAAACCCACCAAUAUUUUACAGUUGUGGACUCUGAUAAUAUAUAAACCUGUGAAAGAAAACUGUUUUAAGAUUCACGAAGGUUCUUCUUCUUCUGAUAUGGAUAUUAUCUCUGAAUUGGGGAUCGUAGAAGAGUGCAACAAGAGAUUAUUAUUAUGGCUGGGUUCUUCUCUUUAGGAGCAGGAAGGCAGAACAAGGCGGAACAAGAAGAAGAUCAAAGAGAAGAGAACGUUAACAACGCCGGUGGUAAUAAUAACAGUCAAUUCUUGUUCAGAAACAACGUUAGCGAAGAGAUCUACAACAAGGGAUUCGAGAUAUGGCCACAAUCCUCGUACCACCACCACCAGAACUUGACCAACUUCUACUCCUUCGGUGUGGGCCCUAGUCGCAGGAACAACCACAACAACAGCUCCUCCAACAACGUAAACGACGACGUUUCUGUGUCUUUCUCGGAUGAGUCGAACCGGUUCGGGUUCACGGUGAUGAGCUCCGGUGGCGGCGGCGGCGGAGGAAUGAACUGUCAGGACUGUGGGAACCAAGCGAAGAAAGAUUGUCAACACCUCAGAUGCAGAACCUGCUGCAAGAGUCGAGGGUUUCAGUGUCAAACGCACGUUAAGAGCACUUGGGUUCCUGCGGCUAAACGCCGUGAACGACAGCAACAACUUUCUGCUUUGCAGCAGCAACAAAAUCAACACCCACAGUUUCGUGGAGAUCACUCAAAACGACACAGAGAAAGCAUCGAAGGUGCUGCUGCUGGUUCUCUCGCUUGCGUUCCAGUUCCGAUCACCACCACAGGGUUGGAGCUGGGGCAAUUUCCACCAGAGCUAAACUCACCGGCGGUGUUUCGGUGUGUGAAAGUGAGUGCAAUGGACGCACCGGACGAGCGUUACGCGUAUCAAACCGCAGUGAACAUAGGAGGGCACGUCUUCAAGGGAAUUCUCUACGACCAAGGAAUGGACGGUCCUUAUGCGGGUGCAGGUUGUGAGGGUUCCUCCGGUGUCGGUGGCGAAGCUCAGCCACUAAGUCUCAUGGCCGCCGCCACAACCACCACCGCCGCCACAACAACAAGCGGAAACCCUUUUGAGGCUUCACUCUACACGGCUCCGAUGAAUGCCUACAUGGCUGGUACGCACUUCUUCCCACCCUCAAGAUCCUAAGGACGUUUCACGUUUCUCUCUUUCUCUUUCUAUCUAGAUAAGCUAAUAAUGACUGAAAGUUGAAACCGGGUAGUGUAUUUGUUUUUUCAUAUGUACUCUUAUUAUGGUUAAGGUUGUUGGGUGUUAUAUGUGCCAGCAUCAUCUUAAGUUCUUAACAUCAUCAGCUGAAGUAGCUGCUACUACUAGCUUAGACUAGUUAAGAAGAGUUCACAAAUGAUUAUGUCGACCAUGAUUCACGAAAUUAAAGGGGGGCUGGGAUUUUUUUUUUUUUAUAUUUUUUGUCCGAAUCUCAGUGCAGAUUUUCAUGUUUUUUUCUUUUUCUGUUAUCGAAAUACUAGUCACUUCUCAUUCUCGAUCAAUUCUAGAGCAAAUCAUAAU